AUGACAGAUCUUAACGGUAACGGCACGAUGAAGGAAACAAACGGGCUCACGGGAUCACGAAUACCAGCGAUUACCACCCUGCCGACUCACAAAGUUCAACAGGCCAACCUGUACUCACCAUCGACAUUGUCAAUCCAUGCUGACGACCUUUUGAACAUACUCACUGACGUGGCGCCACCAAUACAUGUAAGCACGACUUUCCGCUACACAACUGAUCCAUCUCAACUACGUCCUUUCCGUCCCGAUAGUCGACCGGACAACCCGCUCUUCCCACAUCAAGAAACGCCUUCGGAGCACUGCUACUCACGUCUCACUACACAUUCGACCUCACGACUCGAAGCUAUCUUGACUUCGCUGCUCCACAAUCCGUGCAUCACGUAUACUUCUGGUUUAUCCGCUCUUCAUGCAGUUCUGGUCCACCUAUGUCCAAAACGUGUGUCUAUUGGCGGCGGCUACCAUGGAUGUAAGGGUGUUCUUGCCUUGCACGUUCGAAUGAACAAUAUGCAAGUUCUACCUCUCGAUUGUCCAGCAGAAGAUCUACAGAAGGGAGACCUCGUCCUCCUCGAGACACCUAUCAACCCUACCGGUAUAGCAGUAGAUAUUGCUCAUUAUGCGCAGAAAGCACAUUCUCGAGGUGCAUACCUUAUGGUGGACUCCACAUUCGCUCCUCCACCAUUACAAGAUCCCUUUGUCCACGGUGCGGACAUCGUCAUGCACAGUGGCACGAAAUACAUCGGCGGACACAGCGACAUGCUCUGUGGUGUCAUCUCUGUUCGGAAAGAGCUUGCAUUCCCAGAUGGAGAAGGAGGCAAGGAAGGCUGGAUGAGUCGUAUGCUCGAGGAUCGAGAGUUUCUUGGCUCCGUGAUGGGCGGACUAGAAGGCUGGCUAGGUGUACGUUCAGUAAGGACAUUAGAGUUACGAGUGAUGCGCCAGAGUGAGUCAGCUGCAUAUCUCGUCCAGACCCUGAACGAUGUCCUACACGAGUCAGCUGGAGAGAUCGAUAUCCUAAACACAGAAGACUGCCAGGCAAUACGCAAAGUUCUAGCCAAAGUCCAGCACGCCAGUCUUCAAGUUGAGGACAUCAAAAGUGGCUGGCUGAAGAAGCAGAUGCCUAACGGUCCUGGCCCAGUCUUUGCCAUCUCCAUGAAGAGUGGCGACCUAGCACGACAUCUACCAAGCAAAUUAUACUUGUUCCACCAUGCGACCAGUCUCGGCGGUGUGGAGAGUCUGAUAGAGUGGAGGACCAUGACCGAUUCUACUGUUGGCCCGGAUUUGCUCAGAGUGAGCACCGGCAUAGAGGAUGCAAAGGACUUGUUGAAGGAUCUGGUACAGGGCUUCAGGGCAUUGAUAGAAGAGUUCAAGUUGUGA